AUGGCAUCAGAACGUUCACUUGCGUUCAUUGGCUGCGGAAAUAUGGGAUCAGCUAUUUUGAGCGGCCUCCUUGACGCGACCCGUCCGACAGAUUCCAAUGCUACUACAUCAGCAAAGAUCUCACGUUUCAUUGUGAGCACGAAGAGCGCUGCAUCUGCUCAGCGACUCCGCGAUGAAUUCAAAGCGGAUGAAUCUCGGCUUCACAUUGCUCAUUCGCAGAAUCUUCGAGCCAUGCAAGAGGCGGAUAUUGUCCUGCUUGCGUGCAAACCUUAUCUGGCCGAGGAGGUUUUGAGUGAGGCCGGUGUGCGGGAUGCCCUGGCAGGAAAAUUGGUGAUCAGCAUCAUGGCCGGAAAAACACCUGAAGAUAUUGAGAAGUAUAUCUAUCACGAUUCGUCUGCAGAUGAAGUCGAUUCUAAGGCGAUUAUCGUGAGAGCAAUGCCCAAUGUCGCAGCUCGUCUGCGUCAGUCGAUGACUAUCAUCGAGGUCAACAACGAUCUUUCGGAUCACCUUGCCGACACCCUGACCUGGAUUUUCGAACAGAUCGGAAGGGUAAAGUUCCUGGCGACAGAUUUGUUUGAUAUCGGCUCAAUACUCGUGGGUUCCUCCAUUGCUGUUCUGACUGUUCCGUUGGAUGGCAUUCUGGAUGGCUGCGUUGCGGAGGGGAUGCGAAGAGCGGAUGCGUUGGAAAUGGCAGCACAGAACUUGAUCGGAAUGGCUGGUUUAUUGCGAGAAGGGGUGCAUCCGGCUAUCCUAAGAGAAAGUAUUUCGUCCCCGCGGGGUUGUACGAUCCAGGGUCUGUUGACUGUGGAGAAGGAGGGCGUGAGAGGAGCGUGUGCACAAGCGAUGAUCAACGGGGCUAGACAUCUGAAAGAGAUGCCUUGA